AUGAAUGGCGAUGCAAGCCUCGUCGGCUGUCUUGUCGACAGGCUCGCUACCAGACUCCCCCAUCGAGCUGGUACAAGCGGCCAGACCUUACAACAAGACGAUGUUCUCCAAGUCACCAGAGCCACUCUGGUCGAGCUCGGCAAUAGUUCGAUUGCUAAAGUCAUCGCAUCACUCCUGGUCCUCCUCGAGGACCUCGCGCGCCCAUACUCGACCGUCGCCGACCAUCCAAACCACAUCCUAGCCUCUGAGCUUUACGUCGUCGCCGUUAUUGCAGACUGCUGUUCUUCGCAUUGGGGAUCCCUUUCGCGAGAUGCAGAUAUAAGUCCGAGCCCUUCGCCUCCUCCUCUUGAUGAAGUACUCGUCAGCCGUCUCUUCGACGCGUUCAAGCAUCUUCUUGAACCGAUUCCCGAGAAUUGUAUCCUCCCUGCCCAGACCCUUCUUGAUCGAGUGUCGACGCGGAAUGUCUCUGUCGCUCGACCCGAAAGCUCGUCUGUAUCCUCGGACGCGGAAAGCUCACCCCCAAGUGAUGAGAAGUUUACAGAGACAUUGGUGGAGAUGGAUACACACAUCAAGACAGUGACGGAAUAUGUCACAACAUCCAGCUGGACUGCUGCUUUUGACUAUCUUAGAAAUGUCAUAUACUCCAUACGAACUAGUAUUGUCACUCAGCCUGGCGUGUCUGCGCCAGGAUCGUUCCAGGAUGCUGAGAGAGCGGCACUUGUGGUUUUGCGACUCCUGUCUUUCUUCUGGGUUGACGGCCCAAAGCUUGGUCAGGUCAUACAAGAGAUCUGCUCAAGCUUCCUGCACUUCCGAAAGCCAUAUCAGAAUACUAUUGCUGUAGUCUCACCAUUGUUGAUUAUGAGAUGGUUGGACCGGUUCCCGCGAGAGUUUGUGCAGCUUCAUCAAGUACAUAAGCGACUCGACGGAGGAGCUGAUACAUUAUUUGACAUGGCACAGGCUGCGACCGAUAAUGGACGACGGAGGGGCCUGUUUUACCCGCUCCAAACCACAUUGCUGUUUCUUUUGCCAGACGUUUUCGAAGUUGCAAGCAACAUGCGUGAAGCAAAGAGCAGCAGUAUGGCGAAGAAAGUUUCCUUCUUGGAGGGACUAAGAAAAGCCUCGCGGAACCGAAAUGAGCAAGCAGCUUAUUGUCUCGUCUCUUUGCUCCGCGCUGCCAGGCAUUUUGAUGUGGAGAGCGAUUCUGCAUUAGUCAGUUAUGCACUAGAUGUACAGGAUGAAGUCCGUGAUGCUCUUUUCCGCCGCAUCACCUCACCGGAAUACGGACCCUUCGACCAGGACAUGAUGACUGCGGCCUUCGUGAGCUUGACACAUCUCAAUCUUGAUACAAGUGUUAGUGGCUUUGUUGAGAGUUGCAUCGCACCGAACGCCCCGACUAGCUUCAAGCUAGCUGCUGUUCAAGGGUGUUCGUAUUUUGCUCAACAACCCUAUGCUUUGAGGUACCAUGAAUUGUUUGAUGUAGCAAUACCAUUCAUGCGAACUCAACUAGAGACCGAGAACGUCAAGAAUGGGACAACGAACCGGCAGGAAAGCGAAAGAACAGAGCUUGUCUGCAGCAUUCUUCAGUUUUUAGAUGCAUCUCCAGCUCGCUUGCUGGACGACUUAUCUACUGACAGCUCAAACAAUAGCUUCUUCAAGUCUUUCCUUCUAUGCGUAUUGUCCGAGAACACAUCUAUACGCAAGCUUGCCACUGGUGUAGCAAGCCGCCUCUUUCAGGGUCAUCUUGAAGCGUACCGUCAAUUUGAUACCGGGCACCGUUUUGGCACAAAAGAGCUUCGUGAUGACAUCUGGAGUAGAAGUUCAAAGGUUCUCCUUACUUUAUGUGAAUCUGUAACCUAUAAGAAGGAUGACCAAAGCUUACGCGACCUUCAAGAAUAUCUAGAAGCGCGCUUGCUUAUCCUCAAGAAUAUCCCGGAAUUGGCCAAAGUACCAGAAGAUGCAGGAGAUGUCAUCAGUGCGUCUUCGAAACUCGAGACAACCUUACUCAUUUCGCUUUGUUCUGCGAGCAUCACGACGUGUCAGCUGGUGACGUCUUGCACAGGGUUAUUCCUCCAGGAGUGCUCGAUCAUCGAUAAACAUGUCGAGUCGGCGAAAACGUCGGCGCCCAUACUUAGGAAUGCGGAAGUUUAUCGUGAAAUAUCAUCACCCGCAUUUCGAUUCACUGGAUUGGUCGCAUUCCAGAAGCGAGUGAGAGGUCUUCUUCGUCAAAUGCAAUUCCCAACAAGUGGCAUCCUGAAUGCGUGGGAAACGGCGUUCGAUCGUUGGCUGUACCUCGCAAAAGACGUUUCAACGUCUACCCUUGAUGUCGUGGAUGGCAGAGCACUGGCCGAAUGGCGAAAUUACUCCGGAUUCCUAGCUUCUUUGGGUGGUAUUUGUACCGCUGAUACAGCCAUCAUCCUGGAAGAACCGGCUCUUGGGGGCCUUCGAUGGAUCGAUCGGGUUUCCUCCGAGCAUUCUGAAGAGCCAUUGCUGACAAGAUAUCUGAGACUCAGUAUUCAGCUCUUAGCGUGUGCUAAUGUGAGAGUUCGUGAAGCAAUGCGAGAUGUCCUUGCAAGUGAGGUCUCACCUGCCCUUUAUUACCCUUUAUUCAGAGCUUUGGAGUCCGAAUUGGAAGUAUUGUUCACUGGUGCUCUGGCUCCCGUUGAAAAAGAUCAGGACAGCGAAGUAGUGUUCGCUGAACAGGCAGCAUCGCUACUACGUGCCUUGGUUGAAAGGCUUGAAAGCCCUUCUGAUUUAGGAGCUGCUUCAUCAGUACACCUGGGGUCGCUUACACUGAAUUUCGCAAAGUUCCUGGACGGCAUUGUCGACACGCCCAACACCCUGAGAGUAAAGAUUCGCGUGUGUCAUCUCUGUGAAGUCGUGACUAAGCGAAAGGAACAUCUGAACUUAAGAGACGACGUCCGCAUACGAAACCAGCUACUCGAAUACAUCUUUGGAUGGAUCGCACGCCCUCGUUCACCACAGCAUGGACCCGGAUCUAGGCAAGAUGACACGGCUCGUGUCCAGAAAGACCUGGACAAGGCUUGCUUGAAAUCAUUAGCUGACCUAACGUUCCGUUUGCCAUUGCAGCCCUCUGACAGUCAUACAGAUGCUGGCAUGAGCGAGAUGAAGUCGCAGAUGUUUCAUACAUAUUUCAAUCGAUUCCUAUCCUUGCUUAAUCACGAGCCAUCGGAAUUGACCAGGUCCGACACCACGUUGAGCGUUACACUUCGCGAAGAGUCUGCAUCAAACUCAGACCUGGCAAUCACCAUUUUGUCCAACUUACUCAGUGCCAAUAUUGACGUCGGUCUUAAGCAUUCACUCAACAUUGGAUACCAUGAUAACGUUGAGAUUCGCACUGCAUUCGUCAAGGUCCUUUACAAUAUCCUUGUCCAGGGAACCGAGUUUAGUAACCUGACUGACUCGGCUGUAAGUGAGAAGUACGAAGAAUUGUUGGAACUCCUGACUAGUGAUCUUUCUCUUGCUAUUUCCAUGGCGGUGGCCUGCCCAAGCACAGAUGUUGACGAGCUAACUAUAUGUCUGCUCACCGUUUUUGAACAACGGGGGAUGAUAUUUGAGCUGCUGGAGGCUCUUAUUAAACAAGAGAUAGCAGAUACCGAGAACGAGGCAGAGAUUUUGCGCCGAGGCUGCGUGGCGACCAAAAUGUUGUCGGUUUACGCCAAAUGGAAGGGCGCCGCAUACAUUCGAAAUACCCUCCAGAAGGUUUUGGAACGGUUGAUGUUGACUUCGAAGGAUCUUGACCUAGAACUAGAUCCUGCAAGAGUCAGCUCAACAGAGGAGCUCCAGAAGAACGCCCUGCAGCUUCGUAUAGUUGCCAAGGUCUUCAUUGACGACAUCUGUGCAUCGUCCACCAGUAUCCCACCGGCGUUCCGCAAAAUCUGUUACAUCAUAUCAAAUGCAGUCAUGCCAAGGUUCCCUGAUGCCAAAUAUACUGCUGUAGGGGCCUUCAUUUUUCUCCGCUUCUUUUGUCCUGCAAUUGUUGCUCCGGAGGUGGAAGGCCUUGUAUCAACGACACCAUCCAAAGAAAUGCGACGUGGACUGCUCCUCAUUGCAAAGGUUAUCCAGAACCUGGCCAACAAUGUACUUUUUGGAGCCAAAGAGCCUUAUAUGUUCCCACUCAACGACUUCCUAACACAGAACAUCUAUCACGUUACCACCUUUCUUCGCGAGAUUUCUGUGCCGCCUCAGCAGUUGGAAGCACAUGGUGCCAUAGAGUCUUUCGACUUCGGGUCAUGUGUAGCUCUUCAUCGCUUCUUGUACGAUCAUUGGGAUCAUGUAAGGCAAACCCUCAUUUCGCGUGAAAGAAAGGACUACGGCAGAACAUCAGGGGAUGUUGUUCGAGGCCGUUCGCCGGCUUUAGAACCCCUGAGGAACCUGAUAGCUAAUCUUGGUCCGCCACCACUUGCUGUCUCCUGGAACAGGCCCCAGGUCUCCUCCAACAGCCCGCCAUUGUAUUCUAGGUUCCAGAACUUUAUGCUUCGAAACGCUUUUCGAAGUACCGAAUCCUUCCUAACCGCGCGAGCUGUGUACGAUGGAGGCGAGAGCAAGGAUGGUUUGUCUAUUAUUUGUGUUAUUCUUCGUCAUAUCGAGACGGAGAGCAUUGACUACGACACAUUAUUAUACUGUUACCUCAAGAUUGCGAGUAGACUAUGGCACCGGCCUUUCGGGAUUUUGAUCGACGCAACCUGUUAUAAUGGGCGCAAUGAGCCUCAGGACGAUUUGUUUAAAAAGCUAGAGCUACUCACACCAUCGGAAUUAUCACAGAACCUUACACGCAUCUACGUCUACAACAUGAACAGUGCAUUCAAGCGGUGCUUUCGACGUUUACUCAGGGUAUGCACCAAGAAUGAGAAUGGUGUUUUCAACCCCAAAAACGUGGAGUACCACUUAAUAGGGAGUCUUCAAGAUUUGCAGGCGCACUUCCACCUUAGCCAGCUUCAUCUGCCGAAAGAGACAAUCAGUGUAGUGACUGAUACUCGUUACGUCUUUCAGCCCAUCACACGACUUUCUAAGUCCAAAGGCAAAAUUGAAGUAAUCAUCAAGGUGGGUAGUCAGUUUGUCCAGGUCACGACGACGAAAAAGCAAGAGAUUUUUGCGGGAUUUCGUCUGGGCACUACCGUGAACGAUAUCUUUCGCUUGGGUGAAGUUGAUGAAGCCCCAACAUCCAUACAAACCGAAGACGACUCAGCUUUUGGUCUGCGGGCAGACAAUGGGAAGAUUGUGAUGUACUUUACCAGCCCCAAGAAAACGGACGUACUUCAGACAAUCCGAGGCGCCAAGGCCAAGCACGGCAAGGAUAACAGAACCCACAAAUCUGUUGAACGCCUCAUCCGACCACAAGACGUUCCGGGCACCCUUCUGAACCUUUCCUUGGCAAACCUUUCUAGCCAUGAUCAUAUCUUGAGGCUAUCGUCUUAUAAUUUGCUGGGGGCGCUCUGUAGGGCUUUCAAAUUCAGCUCAGCCUCAAGAAUCAUUUGUACCAAAGAUGUGUCUGUUCCUUUGGACCCGAAUCGCUUUGUAGUGGAUAUCAGCAAUGAACUGGCACUGAGUGAGCCUCAAUUGACGUCAGACUUUCUGACCGAGUUCUUUGUCGGAUGGGAGAGUUUCCCCGAUGAACAGAAGCCGCUCAGUCUAGCCUAUAUGGCCCCUUGGCUGCCUGGGCUGCGAACAAAUAUCCUGACAAACGAGCUAGAUGGCGAAAAGGGUAGAGAAAGGGUUGCGAUCCUGUUCCGAAAGCUCAUCGAUGUGACCGUUCAAGAUCAUGCGCUCACAUUUGCCUUGGAGCAGUCAGUCUGGCCAAAGAUCGUUCAAGAUGAAAUUCUCCUCGAGGUUUUCAUGGAUGAACUUCUCAAGUCGGCCAUGACUUACAGCGUUCAUGACGAUUCUCUGGACGUUAUUUCGUCGAUUGUGGUUGGUAUUGGAACAGUCACACUGCGAGGCAAAAUUCUGUCAAGGCUUCGCAAAGCCCUCAACAGGUCAUCGUUACGUCCUACCAAGUAUUUGCCAGACAACGCAGUAUGGGCUGAGAUCUGCACCUUGCUUCGAUUCUGCCUUGCCUUGUCAUUUGACAAUGGCGUGCAGUCCCAGCUUUUUCUACCUGAAAUAUUCCACAUUGUGACAAUGCUAGCGAAUACUGGUGCUCAAGAAGUUCGCUUGCUUGUCUACCGCCUACUGGUGAAUUCGGUCCACGCUGUAUGCACAUCUUUCAAUCUGGAUGAUGCUCGAUCGGGUAAACUCCGAGCAAGUCUCGACUUUCUUUGCGAUCCGCGCAGCGACAUUUUCGCAGCACCGCCUACCUUUCCACGCGACGGCGCAUCAGUAUCGACCUCUCAGGAAGCCGGCCCCGCACUAACAGCUACAGAGAAUCUCGCAUCUUGUCUUUUUGAGAUUUGUUCUAUUGCCGCACCAACAAUUGAUCUUGCUAAUACAUGGCGGUCAAGAUGGAUGAGCCUUGUGGCAAGCACAGCUUUUCAGAACAAUCCUGCUAUUCAGCCACGAGCGUUUGCCGUUAUGGGCUGCUUGGCUCGUGAGGAGGUUGACGAUGACUUGCUUUACCAAGUAUUAGUGGCUUUGCGCAAUAGCGUCAACCGAUUUGGUGACGAUCACAAUAGCGAGAUGCUUGUAUCUAUUGUCACUUCGCUUUCAAAAAUGAUGGCCAAACUUCCAUCGGCAUCCAGGUACGGCCUCCAACUGUUCUGGCUCGCCAUGUCACUGGUACGGCUGGUUCCUGCAAGUCUUUUCAAUUGUACUGCUCAAUUUCUUGAGGCUGUUCUAGCAAAUAUCAGUACUGGGGAAGAGUUCCAGGGAGACAAUAUGGCAUCACUGCUUCUCCAAGGCAGAGCUCCGUUGGAUGAAGCCGCCUUGCCAUUAGAAGAGAUUUACGGCAUUCAUUUCGAACAGGACACGUUCCACCUUGCUGUAUGUGCAUGCUUAGCACGCGGCUUGACGGAUACCAUGACGAGGCAAACUACUAUGAGAGUUUUGUCUUCAUUCUUAAAAAUGACAUGCGAUGUCGAGGGAAGGGAGAAGCCAGAGGUCACACAAACUUCGCCUUAUUUAUCCCUUCUAGUAGCGCGUGCUAUAGGGAAUCAUGAAAUAAAGGACAGCCUUUGGUCAGCUGGGAUCAACGCAGACGAUAUUGGUCUACUCAACGGAAUGCGCAAACCACCACAGCUUGAGGCAAUGUCCGAUAACGCGUUAUUGUUGAUUACCUCCAUUGAACUCAUUGACUUCCAAUAUGUGGAAGACACUGUGCAGACACGGACCCUAGACUGGCUUAACAUUCUUGCCAAGGAACGACCAUUCGUGGUAGAGCACCUGUAA